AGAGGCGGGCUCGCGGACGGCCGGGGGAGCGCGCGCGCCGCCGUCAGGCCGCCCCGCAGCUGCUGGCCGCGGAGUUGGAAGCUGAUGGCUUUGGCCGAGCGGCUGAAGGCGGCGAGUGCCGCUGCUGCAGCUGUCGCCACCGAGGCCUCGAUCCGCUCCUGGUCACGAAAGGAGCCAGAACCUUGAAGCAGAAAGAGAUCUGGAUCAGAGAAAAAGCGUUCCCCGGCCAUGCAAGCUGGUUACAACCACCUGCACAGUCCUGUAGGCACUGCAGGCUCGGAGGAAGCCCCGGGCUCCCACUGUGUCCACACAGGACGGACCGGGGAUGGUUCCUGUCUUCAUUCUGGAGAUGUGCACAUCCAGAUGAACUCCACACCCAAAGAAUCUGUCGGAAAUCAAAGCUCCAGGACUGUGAGAACAGCUGGUGCCCAUAGCUGUAGCCAAGGCUGUGUCCACAGUCGCUUCCGGAGUCACUCGCACAGCGAGGCAAGGCCGCCAGAGGAUCAUGCGGCCGAGGCGGGAGAACAGGGAAGCGGUUCCUUCUCCGAAUUCCGCGCUCUCUUCAAGUGGUUGCAAAAAAGUCUUCCAUACAUUUUGAUUCUGGGUAUUAAGCUUGUUAUGCAGCAUAUAACAGGAAUUUCUCUUGGAAUUGGGCUGCUAACAACUUUUAUGUAUGCAAACAAAAGCAUUGUAAAUCAGGUUUUUCUAAGAGAAAGAUCCUCAAAGAUUCAGUGUGCCUGGCUACUGGUAUUCUUAGGAGGAUCAUCUGUUCUUUUAUAUUACACCUUUCAAUCUCAGACACUCUAUUACAGCUUAAUUUUUUUAAAUCCUACUUUGGAUAAUUUGAGCUUCUGGGAAGUUCUUUGGAUUGUUGGAAUUACAGACUUCAUUCUGAAAUUCCUCUUCAUGGGCUUCAAGUGCCUUAUUUUACUGGUGCCUUCUUUCAUCCUGCCAUUUAAAUCCAAGGGUUACUGGUACAUGCUUUUAGAAGAAUUAUGUCAGUGUUACCGAACUUUUGUUCCCAUACCAGUUUGGUUUCGUUACUUUGUAAGCUAUGGGGAAUUUGGUAAUGGGACUAGAUGGAGCCUUGGGAUACUGCUGGCUUUAUUCUACCUCAUUUUAAAACUUUUGGACUUUUUUGGACAUCUGAGAACUUUCAGACAGGUUUUGAGAAUAUUUUUUACACGACCCAGUUAUGGAGUGGCUGCCAGCAAGAGACAGUGCGCAGAUGUGGAUGAUAUUUGUUCAAUUUGUCAAGCUGAAUUUCAGAAGCCAAUUCUUCUCAUCUGUCAGCAUAUAUUUUGUGAGGAGUGUAUUGCUUUAUGGUUUAACAGAGAGAAAACCUGCCCGCUGUGCAGAACUGUCAUUUCAGAUCGUAUCAACAAAUGGAAGGAUGGAGCCACAUCAGCACACCUUCAGAUAUAUUAAGGUGUAUGAACUGUUAAGGCCACAAAAUACUAAUUUCAUUUGAUUACUGACUGUUAAUAAAGGUGUUAGAAUGGUU